ACCACCGAAGAUGAGUGCCAAUUGUUUACGCGGCGCCCACGAAAGGAUCCGGCAGUCAUCAUUCCCGAGACGGAGCUCAACUCAGAAGAUGAUUGGGAUGAUUGGGACUUCGGUAACGUGAUCAAUGAAGCCUUGAACGGCGUAUCCUCCCUGGAGGAAGCAAUUCCUGACGCAUCCGAAAAGUCACAAAUUGUCCAAAGCCCAGAGAAAAUAGCCUUGGAUAUUUCCAUGGAGAUUGAGCUGCUGGCUAACCCAAUAACGGAGGAAGCGGACGUUUCUGCCCCAGAAAAAACUCCUUCACCAAAGAAGGCCAAUGUGGAGCCUGUUAUGGCCUGCAAAGAUACCAAGAAGUCCAGAAUCUCAUGUCGACGAUCAACCAUUGCAGUCUCCUUUGAAGACUUGGCUGAAACUUCUCUGGAGAAACCCAAAGAAUCUCCUCAAACCAAAAAUAAAGCAGAGCCUGCCGUUUCCAAGCACCACUCAAAGGCGAAGGCUUCUUCUAUGGAGAUAGAAGCUCCUUCUGUGGAGAAAGCCAAAGCGGAUAGACCAGCAGCUGACGGCAAGAAAUCCAGAAUUUCCCGUCGACGCUCAUGCGUAACAGUGUCCCGCGAAGAGUUUCUUGGCACUUUAAAGGAGAAACCAACGGAUGUACCUUUAGUGGACAAAGCCAAGCGACGAUCCACCGUCGCCGUCUCUCAUGAAGAGUUUUCUGAAGCUUGUAGCAUGGAGCCAAAGGAAGCUCCUACCGUUGGCAAAGCCAAACGCAAAGUGGAGCCAGCAGCUUCCAACAAAAAUCAAGCAAAAGCGAAGGAGAAAGAGUCUACUUCCAAGCGAAAGGAAGCGCCAAAAACACAGCCAUCUGCAGCUUCCAUUAAGAAGUCCCGAAUCUCCCAGCGACGUUCAACCGUAGCCGUCUCCCGCGAACAGUUUGCUGACGCUUGUGAGGAGGAGGAAAAGGAAGCUCCUUCCGUAGACAAAAACAAAGACAAAGUAGAGACAAAGACAAAGGCAAUUUCCAACAAAAAUCAAGCGAAAUCGAAGGCUUCUUCUGUUGAGAAAGAUUCUUUUUCUAAGCCAAAAGAGGCGCCAAAAGCGGAGCCUGAAGUGGCGAAGAAGAAAUCUAGAAUCUCUCAGCGACGAUCAACCGUAGCCGUCUCUCGCGAACAGUUUGAUGACGCUUGUGAGGCGGAGGACAAGGCCAAAGACAAAGUGGAGCCAGCAGUUGUCCCGAGCUCAAAAGAGAAUGAACCGCCAGCCAAGCCAAAGGAGAAAUCUCCUCCGAAAAAAGAGUCCAAUGCACGACUUCGCAGCCGAGCCAUUUCGUGCUACUACGAGAAACCCCAAGACGAAGCAGACCUGGCCACAAGCAUUGUCAGCGCGAUGGACAUGAAGCAGGUUAGGGGACCCGAAGUGAUUGAGGCUCCUUCGUUGCCCAAGAAUCGGGGCAAGCUGCGCGGCGUUUCGGCAGUGCCCAAGGCCAAGAUUUUGGACCACCAGCGAUUCCUGGACUAUCAGGCCGAAAUGAAUGCCAAAUGGAAGGAGAAGCCCAAAGCGAAGAAGCCAGUUGAUGUCGAAACAAAGGAGAAGCGUCGCGAGGCGCUCAAAAAACUAACAGAGAAGAAGCCAGCCGAAGGGGAGCAGGCGCCAGGCAGCAGCAAGAGAAAGGCCACAACCACUGUGCCAAAAGUAGCCAAUUCGAAUCGUGGGGCGUUCCUCACCGAGGGCAUCAAUGGACUGCCGCCCUCAAAGGUGGCCAAGCUGGACGCACCCGAACCACCACUGAAGAACCGACGUGCCACCAUUGACUCUGAGACCUUCUCACAGCAGAUUAAGGCACCUGAUUCGCUGCCUCUGCCCCGGCGAAACUGGCGUCCGCCAGAGCGCAAUCGAGUCACCUUCGCCAGAAUGGAGAAGGAUAUGGAGGAGAAGUUGAGGCUCCAGAAGAUGUCGAAACGCGUGCGAUUCAACGACAAACCUGUGAUCCAUCUCGUUGAGAAAUACAUUGGCCAACGCCCCAUGCACGGCGUAAACGGAAGAAAGGACACCGAGCUGCUGUUCUUCAGCACAUACGCGGAGAGGCGUGAACGCUGGUCGAGCCUUCAGGUGAACGACAAAACGUCCCACUUCGAGACCAUUCUGAAGUGGGCAAAUCAAUGGCUGAAGCUGCGCAGUGUGGAUGCCGUGGCAGAUUCGGAUGUCCUCAAGCCCAUUGCAGCUGAAUUUGAGAAUGUCAAACAGUACAAGGAAAACUUUGUGCCUUUGAUGAAGCUGGAGCUGUUGACCACAAUCGAAAGGGACUACAAGUUGGGCAGGCCAUCAUAUGAGGUGUGCCUGCAGCAACCUGUUGAGGUAACAAAGUCCUUCUACUGCCUGACUACGCGGGUCUUUAUUAACCCGCCAGCAAAGUUUAUGCUCUACACGCUAUCAAGUGGCGACAAGCUGCCGGAAACGUUUGCCACUCUGCGGGAGCAAAGAACAAAAAAUGCAGGCCAACAGUUGAUUUUUGAAAUCCUCAAGGAUGGCAUUUCGCUGGAGACAUUCAACGGCAUAAAACUCUUGACUGCACGCCCGGUGGUGGACAGCUUGAGAGUGGAUUUGGGCGCACUACGAGCUGUCGAUCAGCUGGCACGCUCGCCACUUCAUCGCAGGAUAAUCAAGCCCACCGAAAUGCUGAAGAAUGCCAGCAUUCCCAGCUAUGGCACACCGUUUGUGUUCAAGGGUUUCGCCAAGCUCAACCCUCACCAGGAGUUGGUCUGCGCCAGCACGUACCAGCGUGUCAUAGACGAUUCCAAGCCGAGCAUUACGCUGAUCCAGGGUCCCCCAGGCACUGGCAAAUCCAUGAUUAUUGCGAACAUCAGCUUCCAGUGUUUGUAUGGGAAGGCGGCCAUUAAAAAGGAUCGCAAGAUACUCAUCUGUGCCCACUCCAACACGGCCGUUGAUUCGAUUGUGUCGCGUCUGCAUCAGGUGCGUGAGAACUUCAGUGAGAAGGAUCGCUUUGAGAUGCUUCGCUAUGGGUUGCACGAGAAGAUGAGUUCGCUGUCGCGGCACUACUCGCUGGAGCACAAGUACCAGUGUGUCAGGAACCACAGAAGGGAUCUCAUUAGUGCCGGUAACCGCGCGAUUCUCAAGCAGUGCUACAUCGAGCUGAAGGCGGAAGUCAACAAAUUGCGGAAUACACAUCUAAAUGGCACCUGGCUGUUCGACCAGUACCAGGACAAGGUGAGGAAGCUGCAGAUCUACGAGGAGAAGCUCAAUCCACGCCUGACACUGCGCGAGGAGUUCGACAUUGCCGCAACGCAUAUUAAGGCAGCCAACAUUGUGUGCACCACACUCUCCUCGUGCGUGAAGCUGUCCAGCUACAUAAACUACUUUGAUGUCUGCCUAAUUGACGAGGCCACACAGUGCACCGAGCCAUGGACGCUGCUGCCGAUGCGUUUUGGCAUUCCGCACCUGGUAUUGGUGGGCGAUACGCAGCAGUUGCCGGCCGUUGUGCUCUCCCAGAGAGCUGUCGAGUUCGGUUUGGCCAGAUCAAUGUUCGAUCGCAUUCAGCGGAGUCUGGAGAGGCAGCAGGCGGACGAUCCGUUUGGCCAUCUGUCCGUGCACACAAAACUCUUCAAGCUGACGACGCAGUACCGCAUGCAUCCGGAGAUUUGCAAGUGGCCGAAUCGCUACUUCUACGACGCUCAGCUGGUCAAUGAAGUGGGCCUUGAGGGCAAGCUGGCAACACCGCUGAUUCCUUAUGCCAUCAUCAACCUGGGCUACACCAGGGACACCAGUGAUCCGAAAACUCGUAGCAUUAGCAACGAGGAGGAGGCUCGCUUUGUGGCCAAGCUGCUGGCGGAGAUGGAAAAGCAUUUGCCGAGCAGACGCUACGGCUACGGGCUGAUCUCGCCGUACAGCAGCCAAUGCUAUGCGCUGAGCCAAGUGCUGCCCAGUCACAUGAGGCUGCCACCGCCACUCACUGUGGAUGCCUAUCAGGGCACGGAGAGCGAUGUGGUUGUCAUUUCGAAUGCGCGCACACAAGGCAGCGGCUUCCUCUCCAACUACCAGCGACUCAAUGUGGCCGUAACCAGGCCCAAGCGUUGCCUAAUCAUCUGUGGAAAUUUUAGAGAUCUUCUGAAUGUGCCCAUGUGGCGUGACCUGCUGGACGAUGCCGGCAAGCGAGGAGUUUACUUUGACUUGAAGCGUGAGGAUGUUGCCAAUCUGAAAGAAUCUUUGAUGAGCAAACUGCUGGUGAAACCGCCAGAGAACGAGGAAUAGAAAUAGGAAUCUGAACAAUGCGUGUUACAGUGCCUGGAGGCGUCUUGCCCAAAAAAAUACUUAGAAAUAAUGAAAAGAAUUCGUUGUCGGUUUUACAUUCAUAUUCUCAUCAUUUGGUUUUUAUUCUUUCCUUGUUUAAUAACAUUAAUAGAGGACUUAAAGUUUCAAUUUCUUUGUACACAUAAUUUGCUUAAAAACAUUUUGCCGACCUGCCUUUUGCCUUCGUUUCCUUCGUAUAUAACAGGAUUUAUAUAUAUGAAACUUUCCCUAUAUAUUAUGAAGUAUAUAAGUAUUUUAUGGUUUUUUUUGUGUGAAAUAUUUGAAUGAAUUUAAAGGAACAUACGAAAUGUUGAAUAAAACAAAUGACUGGAAUUUAGUUACCCAAA